AUGGUGCCCAUGCCACGCACCAGCAGGUCUGUUACCUUCAAUGACGAGGAUAAUGAGGUUGUGGCAGGAUCAAACGCCCCAAGAUCGCCGCCUGGACAACGAAGCCAACGAAGGUUGCGAAUGGCUCUCAGUGGCAGGUCGUUUUGGCGAUUUCCAAGCGGUGACGGGACGAUUCCAUAUUAUGUGCAAAGGAGAUUUCGUUUGAAGACCUUCGCGCUAAUGACCUUGCAGCUGAUGCUGGUGUUCGGUGUCAUGGUUCUGGUGGACUGGGCUAGACCGUGGGAAAAGACCCCGCCGGGCCAUCAUCCUGAGAUACUUCGACAGGUCAUAUUUUACACAAUUGGGUUCUUGAACUUGGUGAGUGUGGUGGGGCUGUAUUUUGCGAAGGACAGGUACCCGACAAACUACAUGUUGAUGGCCACGACGACCUUGUUGUCCGGCGUUUUCUGGGGCAUGACCCGUGCCCACUCAGAUGUGACCAUGCACUUCCAGAUUGUCGGCAUCUUGAUGUUCACGAUGGGUGCUGCGGUUGUCUCGUCUUGGGCUCUGGCCAAGAAAGAUCCAAAGAUGCCGGGGGGCUCCAUGCUUUUGGCAUCUUUGGCACCUGGCUGGCUCAUGGGAUGCGUGAUCAACGCCUUAAUUUGCACAUUGUGGUUGCCGACGGGGUCUCUUGAAGUUCUCGCAUCCACAGGUUUUUCUUUCCUGCUGAUCUGCAUAAUGCUGCUGGAUGCAGGCAAGUAUCUGGUGAGUUGCGAGCCGGAUGAUUUCAUGAGUGUGAUCGUUUCAAUGGAUUCAUCUUUACUUGUGAUUGUCAGCAUCCCAUUCUUUGUUUUAUCAUUCUGUCUUCUCCACACUGGGGAGGCGGUUCUUGACCCCACAGGAGAUGUGGAAGCUCCUACUGAGCAUCAUCUGCCAGUGCCAGACCAUAUCGGAGCUUCCAACACUCUCGGCGCACAAGUUGCCCCAAGUUUUGAGCUUGUUUGGGCAGCUUCGCAUGAUGGGAGCAUGCAAGCCGUCCUUAACAAGUGGCAGCAAAGGAGCACGGACCAUCGGCUUUACCUGCAGGAAGAAGCUUUGGCCACGCUGGAUGACUGUGCAGUUUUCAAGCACAGCGCGCAGACUUUGCCGGAUGCUUGUGCAGAUAGGAGUGUAAAGUGCCUACUGAGCAAGACGUCGGGGAUUGUACAGGUCCGCGUAACCGUGGCCCACUCAUCCCUUGACCCUCUCGCCGACUUGACUAGCCAAGGUCCUGCUGAAAUGAUCGCUCGCGAACGGAAGUCGAUCUGGAUGAUGCAGAAAGUGAUUUUGGUCCUUUUGGUUUUCGUUUCCAGCAUCUUACAGGGCAUGCAUGACGACGUUGCCCCGACGUUGGCGCGUUCGGUGCCGGUCUGCGCCCAAGCUGACCCACAGCGUCGCCUUGCCGAUGAGACCGCCGACGAUAGCGCCCGCGCCGCCGGCUGGUCCGGGUGGUCCCGUUGCACAGCCUCUUUGGGCGCGACUGGAACCUGUUGCGGCCGCAGCAUCCCAGGUGCCCGGUGCAGUGCGCACAUUCAGUGCCGCGGUUCCGCCGACCAAGCCAGUGAUGCAGCUGCCCCAGAGGAAAGCUCGGCACGUCGGGCAUCUCGUUUGGCAGAACAGCAAACGCCUGUGCACAUACCGCGACAGGCAUCUUUGCAGCAUCUUCCGCUGUCCUUUGCAUCGACGGCUGCAGGAAGCGCAGUUUCCUCGCGUCGUCCAUCUUCGUCGGGCGACCGGAGCCAGAUGGACAAGGAGACUGCGCCUGCCGAGAAGGAUGAGGUUCGCAGAGCGCGAGAGGCGCCUGCGAAACCUGAUGCCAGGCUACUCCGCAUGCAAAGCACAGGAUGCCUGGACCGCACAUCCAAGCACUUCACCACGCAGCCUAGGCGAGACAUUGCUCCAAAUCGGCAACCUCUGUCUGCCCGUCAAGUCUCCGGCGUGAGUCCAGCCGCCAAUGAGCCGCAGGUCCGAGUGGCAGUACGUCCGGUACAGGUUUGCGCCCCACUGUCAGCCCGGAGUGGGUGUGGCACGGGUGGCAUGCCCGUUGCUGUUGCUGCUCUGCGGGCAUGUACGCAUCGAGCGGCGCCAGUUCGUCAGCAGACGAUGCCAGUGUUCUCGUGCCCUGGUGCGAGGGCACCUGCGGUUUCAGCUCCAUCCAGCAGCUCGAAUGGAUCAAAGCCUUGGGAUGCUCAGACCCUCAGCAAAGAGCUGGACUCCCGAUAUCCAUCCAGGUUGCUGGUGAAUGACAUCAUCACGGAGCUUCUCGAUUCGCGUCCGCAGCCACUGACUGCGCCGGAGCUGAGGAAAAACUUGAAGCCCCGACUAGUCGCUUUGAUUCUGGAUUCGAUUGCCGCAGAAGGACUGCAGACGAAUGGCUCGCAGAGGUCAGUGAGAGAACCUGAACGUGCGAUGCUAGCGGUGGUCUUCCACAAUGCCGAGGUCUGGCAGGAAGUCUGCGGAGCCACGAGGCGCCAGUGCUCCGCCUGUGGCAUUCCUCAUUACUUGGCCGCACGGAUCCUUGAGUCUCUCAGAGCAUUCCUUGGCUUGCCCGAGCUCUCAGAGGACGGCGACAGUGAUGCCUGGGCGCCUCCGCCAGAGCAGCCUUUGCAUCAUAUCGACGACGUGCCUCCGUUGUUGUCUACGCGUGGACGCUGGCAGGAGGAGCAGCUCCCCGCAGGUUUUGCUCUCCAGGAGCCGGUGACAUUUCAGGAAAGGGCGGACGGAGGCCCUGCCGUCGUUUCGCCGAUUUCUCUAGACGUGUCGUGGGAAUUGCCGGAGCGACCUGAAGAUGUGAGCGGGAGUGCAACCUUACCAUUGCUCUGA